GCAACGGCAUCGCUAACUACUACUUGGCAACAGUGACGAUCAUCAAGCAUGACAGAAAACGUGAAGGUUGAAAGGGUAACUCCUCCAGUCGAGUUGGGCGAAGGACCACACUGGUCCGGCGCCGAGGGAGCCCUUUACUACGUAGAUAUUUUCAACCAGAAUGUCCAUCGCUACCAUCCAGCUUCGAAUACACACUCGAAGAUGCAUAUUGAGGGCGGACCCGUGACGCUGGUGGUGCCGCAGAUGGGUCGCCAGAACACCUUCGUGGUCAGCGUGGGUCGUGACCUCGCCGUCGUGACCUGGGACGACCCCUCGAAGGACUGCGUCGUCACCAAGUACACGACCAUAGCCUCCGUCGAGCAGGAGAGGGAAGGGAACCGCUUCAACGAUGGGAAGUGUGACGACCUCGGCAGGCUGUGGGCAGGAACAAUGGGCAACACCGACGUACCCGAAAACCCGCGGCCGCAUCUGGGGAACCUCUUCCUCCUCGGCCACGAUUCCACGGUGGCUUUAAUGCAGGAUAAGGUGUCUAUCAGUAAUGGUUUAGCGUGGAGUGCCGAUCACAAAACCUUCUUCUUUAUUGAUACAGCAGCUUAUAAAGUGGAAGCCUUUGAUUGUGAUUUCGAAAACGCCAAAUUAAGCAACAGGCGCACCUUAUAUGACUAUCGAGAACAAGGUCUUUAUCCCCACUUCCCCGACGGCAUGACCAUUGACACAGAGGGUCUCCUGUGGGUGGCGUCCUUCGGUACAGGAAAGAUCCACUGCAUAAACCCCAACACGUGCAGAGUAGAGCGAGAGGUCCAACUCCCCACUCCCAACCCCACCUCGGUUUGUUGGGGGGGGCCGGACCUCGAUGAGCUGUUUGUUACCACCACGAUCAAGAACAUCCCUCAGAAACAGCUGAUUGGACAGUCCGAUGCUGGGGCCGUCUUCAGAAUCACUGGGCUGGGAGCGCGAGGACGGCCAGCCAGAGACUGCGAGGUGAUGCUCUAACGCCAUCAUUUCGUGGAGCGAUUAAGAGGAAAAUGAAGAAGGAGAAGAAAGA